AUGUUGGAAGCUGCACAACUCUCAACGCACAACACGUCUUUCCCGGCGCUGCCAUCGCGCACGCCUAUACUUGUUGCCUCACAAAGCGUAUCACUGCUAGACACCUGGGCGGAAAAGCUGCGCUCGCAUGCAGCCGCUGCAGCACCAACGAACGUGACAGAGACAUCUGGUACUUACAUACCUGAUUCAUCAGACACGUGGGUCCUAUAUGAUUGGCAACCUGCCUAUGCCGCCAAAGACGUGGCAGAAUGUGUGGGCAAUGAUUCGGAUGAUGAGAAAGUGACAUCGAUCGUACUUAUCCCUGAAAAGCAUUUUGCUGAAGCAAGUGAAUCGACGCGUGACUUUGACCUGGCGCGCUACUUUGACGCUCUGUCGGAAGCGCGCGCAGUGAGUGCGUCAAUGCCAUGGCCGAGGCCGCGUUCAUUUCAUACGGCUGUGGGCCAUAUCAUUGCAUAUGCGCGUGUAAUUAAAAGCACGCAGACGGCGUUGGACUCGAAUCGAUGCCUUCUGGAUGCAUGUCUGCCAGGGAUGACAUUUUUUGCAACCCAGCAGGUACAUGGUCGUGGUCGAGGCCAGAAUGCGUGGAUUUCGCCACGUGGCUGCUUGCAAUUCUCGACCCUCGUGUCCCUUCCGCUACACAUUGGAAGCAAGUCGGUUCUUUUGCAAUAUCUGGCAGCCUUGGCCGUCGUAUACGGUGUGAGCAUCUUGUACCCGAGCGUACGCGGUCGAGUCCGGAUCAAAUGGCCCAAUGACCUGUAUGCGCAGGUGCCGGAGGAACGACUUGGGAGCAUUUGCGUAACGGAGCACGGCAUGCGCAAGCACUUUGUCAAAAUUGGUGGGAUCCUUGUGACGGCUGUGUGCACACCAGAGGCAUUUCAUGCCAUCGUUGGUUGCGGCAUCAACUGCCUGAACGACGAGCCAACGACCAGUGUACGUGCAUUAGCGCACGACGAUACACCAGUAACGCAAGAGGCAUGCGCUGGUGCGAUCAUGGCUGCACUCGAGUCGCUGGUACGUGUGUUUGCUGAUGUUGGCUACACAUUCGCGCCAUUCGCCGAAGCUUAUGAGCAAGCAUGGCUGCACUCGGACCAGGAUGUGUGCUUGGCCGAUAUGCCAAAUGAGCCACGCCGUAUCGUGGGGAUCACUAGUGAUUAUGGUCUUUUGCGCACAGUUCCAAGGCAAGCGUCAAUACGUGCGCGUGACGCAUGUGCAUGGUGCGCAACACCUGUGCCGGGCGUUGUGGAUGUCCAACCCGAUGGAAAUUCGUUUGACAUGCUCCAAGGCCUGGUGAAAAAGAAAAUAUGA